AUGGACAGCAUGGACAACAAGCAGGAGGAGCUGGCAGUCAUGGUGCAGCAGGAAAACCUCCCAGCUGAGAGACUGAAAGUGCUGGCCUGCCUGAACGACCUGAGACAGCAGCGCCUAGACGUGAUGAAGGUUUUUAACGAUCCAAUUCAUGGGCACAUUGAAAUACAUCCCCUUCUGGUCCGGAUCAUCGACACACCUCAGUUUCAGCGCCUCAGAUACAUUAAGCAGCUGGGUGGGACUUACUUUGUUUUUCCAGGAGCCUCUCACAACCGCUUUGAACACUCCAUAGGGGUGGGCUACCUAGCAGGGCUUCUGGUCCGUACACUGAAGGAGAGACAACCAGAACUGGAUAUAACCCAGCGAGAUAUCCUUUGUGUAGAAAUUGCUGGGCUUUGUCAUGAUUUGGGUCACGGGCCAUUUUCUCACAUGUUUGAUGGAAGAUUUAUUCCACUUGCUCGUCCAGGUUUGAAGUGGAAGCAUGAAACUGCUUCUGUUGAAAUGUUUGAGCACCUGGUUACUUCCAAUAAACUAGAAGAAGUCAUGAGGUCAUAUGGUCUUGUCCUGGAAGAAGAUUUUAACUUUAUCAAGGAACAAAUAGGAGGGCCUAUAGAUGAAGCAGCUUGUGAGAAAUCAUGGCCCUACCGUGGUCGGCCAAAGGAGAAGAGUUUCCUCUAUGACAUAGUAGCCAACAAAAAAAAUGGCAUCGAUGUUGACAAAUUGGAUUAUUUUGCAAGGGAUUGCCAUCACCUAGGAAUCCCAAACAAUUUUGAUUAUAACCGAUACCUUAAAUUCACACGGGUGUGCGAAGUGAACAGCCAGAAGCACAUCUGUACCCGUGACAAGGAAGCUGGGAAUUUGUAUGAUAUGUUCCACGAACGGCAUUGGCUGCACCGGCGAGCGUACCAGCAUAAGACUGGCAACAUCAUUGAAAUAAUGAUUACGGAAGCCUUUCAAAAAGCAGACAAAUUUUUUAAAAUAGAAGGCUCUGGAGGAAAGCAGUACCACAUUUCUACAGCAAUGGAGGACAUGGAAGCCUACACUAAGCUAACUGAUAAUAUCUACCUGGAAAUUCUGCACUCAAAUCGUCCAGAACUGAAGGAGGCACGAGAAAUUUUGCAUAAAAUAGAACGUCGGGAAUUAUACAAGUAUUUAGGAGAGACUCAACCUGAAACAAUGGAGGGAAUUGGAAAGAGUAAUAACCUGGGAGAAGACAUUGCUAAUUCCAAGCCAGAAAAGGAUCCUCCAGAUGUGGAGGUAAAGGCUGAAGAUUUCAUAGUGGAUGUUAUCAAUAUAGAUUAUGGAAUGAAAGAACAGAAUCCCAUUGACAAAGUUCACUUCUACACUAAGGCUGAUCCUUCCAAAGCAGUCAACAUCCGCAGAGAACAGGUUUCAAAGUUUCUUCCCGUCACGUUUUCAGAGCAGGUUAUCCGGGUUUAUUACAAAAGUCAGGAUCCAGUUAUUCUUUCAGCUGCAAAACAGUAUUUUAUUCAGUGGUGCAUGAAGAAUGAUUUCACCAAACCACAGGAUGGUGAUGUGGUUGCCCCUCAUCUGACUCCAAUGAAGAAAAGCUGGAAUAACAUGAGAGAUGAUGGACACAGAACAGGUUCAGAGCCCAGCUGUAAACAAAGGCUUUCUUUUGAUAAGUAA